AUGGGUGCCGGAGUCCUGGAUGAACCCCCCGAUGGGCUGAUCGGCGGCUAUACGGGGGGCUCCAUAACCGUACGCAUAUUUAUGAUCGUCUUUUCUUCUAUUGCUCUUUACAAUGCGCUCGAGCUUGUGAUUCUGCUCUUCCUCACAUUUCAGACCUACUCGGGUCUCUACUUCUGGACCUUGUUCAUCUCUGUGGUCCUUGGGGUCAUCCCCCAUACAGUUGGAUAUAUUUUGGAAUUUUUUGCGCUGGCCCCGCUGUGGUUGUCCCUCGUCAUUUCCACGAUUGGAUUUUAUGCCAUGGUGCCCGGUCAAUCUGUGGUGUUGUAUUCACGACUUCACUUGGUGGUGCAGAGUCAGCGGGUGCUGCGUUUUGUGUUGUGGUUGAUCAUUAUCGACUCGAUUCUGCUCCUGGUGCCGACCACAGUCCUCACGUUUUCCACCGCCUAUGUCAGUACAAAACCGUUCAUCCGUGGUUACAAUGUUAUAGAGCGGCUGCAACUUGCUUGGUUUUGCGCCCAGGAGUUUGUGAUCUCGGGUAUCUACAUCAUCGAAACCGUCAAAAUGCUUCGCUUGAUGCCGAACAAAGACCAUCGGCGGACGAAGAUCAUGUAUGAACUGUUGACGAUCAACGCUGUGAUCAUUCUACUCGAUGUCGCCCUGUUACUGGUCGAAUACAUCGGCUACUACUCGCUCCAGACGACUCUCAAACCUAUGGUCUACAGCAUCAAGCUGAAGCUCGAGUUCGCCGUCCUGGGCAAGCUUGUCUCUUUAGUCCAGACCCAGCGGUCCCAGCCUACCUCCUUGGAGCAUGAUGAUUACCCCAACUUUGUGGAUCCCACGCAGAUCACCACAGAUGUCACACAUGCCGCCCCCGUUGAAAAUACCCGAACGCGCCGGUCCAUGCCGUGGAACGUGAUCUCAAUGGAGAGUCUCCCGUCGUCAGAACAACGGAUCAGACCAUCGACAAGAUCGCGGCGGUCAAGUGAUGCCGGAAACCACGCGUGA